AUGAAUAAGAUCACGACUAAUAUCCACGGCUCAAACGUCGUGAAUAGCACUGCGGGCAUUAUGGUGCAAGAAACAAACCCAGAGCUUGACAGCGAAAGUCGAGGGCGAACCCCACCUCUUUACAAGAGGGAUACUAGUCGAUCAAUGCACGUAGAUACCCCGGAGACCCUGGCACCAUUCAAUAUCUACAACCGCGUAGGCCCCAAGCUUCCCAGCGGUGCUGUAUUCACCUCGCCGACUAGAAAUGCAGUAGUGUACCAGCAGCCAUUAAGGGAGUAUGAAGUGUGGAUUCUCGCCAAAAUCAUAGGAAGCAAGGGAACGAAGCAGCUUGUCCCGGCAUUUGGAGGUCUUGUAUCUGCUACAGGCUCCAAACCAGCACGGAUAUCCACAGUGGAGUACCUUAAUCCGAUCCACCAGCCCUUUACAGAGUAUGCAGUUAUCAAAGAGCUUUUACAACGUUCAGAAGAUGCAACAAAAGAAGUAGGCCAGUUAUAUGUGCUCACUACUUUUGACCUUGGCGGAUGCAUAAAGGCCCUUCCGCUUAUCUGGAGGUACCCAGAACGGUACAAGUACCACAUCUCCCUCAUCAGCCCGUUCCACACUGGCAUGAACCACCUUGGCAUGUUACAUAACUGGGAACAAAUGGGAAAUCACAGAUCAAGAAGUCAGAGGAGGCGGUCCAGCGCACCAUCACUGCGAUUCGUAACUUUACCAAUCCCUUUGAUGUCUUUCAGUACAGAGAGCAAAGCAAUCUUGCCUUUAUGCUUCUUGAAAUCCCAAUUCCUGGAGGAACCAGUUGACCUAGAUGAGUUCAUGACAUAUUCACUCACGCCAGUCCCGCACAGCCUUGGCACUCCCGAUGGCUUCCUGAAUAAGACCAACAAAGCAACGAUACUGCACUUCCUGACUGACGAUUACGAUGGUGAUGCGCUAUAUCCAUCCGAGAAGUGUUUGUAUAUUCAAGAUGGAAAUGCUCUUUUCCACGCUCUUACUCAGCUUCCGCCGACGUUUGGCGAGAUUUGCCUGCAGAUGCUAGACCAGAUGGUGGCGAAGAAGGAUUUCAUAUUUUCCACAGACAGCUAUCAUGAAAACUCCAUCAAGAGUCAGGAAAGAAUACGACGUGGAAGCUCUCCGAAAUACAUAGUUGACGGACCGGCGACAAGAAAGCCCGCCGAGUUCAAGCUCUUUCUGUCCAAUUAUGCCAACAAAGUUCAGUUGUAUAGACUCCUUCUACGAGUGUGGGGAAGCAGCGUAGCGGCAAGUCGCCUGGAGAAAUGCGAUCGUGGAAUCUUGGUUGUGGAGGGUAAAGCUUACCAAUGCGAACUAUUGAACGGUGACGUAACAACGCAUGAGCUCCAUGAACUGACAUCGAACCAGGAGGAGACGGACACCCGCGUUAUUCUGUAUUUGAAGUAUGCCGUGAGGAUGGGAUACGAGUCCGCCGUAGUCAGGACCCCAGAUACUGACAUCUUGUGCAUCCUCAUGCACUAUGCACCGUCACUUGAUGUCAAUAUCUACCUGGACAUCGGGACUGGAAAGAACCGUAAGCUUAUCAAUGUCAGGGGAGGCGAAUACUGCACAGCCCUCCUUGGUCUUUACGUAUUCACCGGCGAAGAUGCGACAAGCGCGUUCAAGGGCAAAGGAAAGGUCGGCCCUCUAAAGAAGCUCCAGAAGCAUCAGAAGUACCAAAGGUCGUUUAGUAAACUGGGCAUGGAAUGGACCUUGGAUGGCGAAACGAUGAAUGAGCUCGGGGCGUUCACCUGCUUGAUGUACGGGUACCCCAGAGAGAUCUCGGUCAACAUGGUUCGCAGCAUCAUUCUGGGGAAGAUGAUCGGAGGGAACGAACGGUUGACAAUCAAGUCAAAAGUGGAACUGUCUCGCCUCCCUCCCUGCAGAGAUAAUCUAGUGCCGCACAUGCAGCGUGUCAACCACCGAGUUGCGAGUUACAAGCGUGCAGACCAAGCCGUCUUCUGGCGUCCUUAUCCCUUUGAACCCGGGCAAGGACGGGAAAGAAAUGACGACGGCCUCUUGGAACCGGUGUGGUCUUGUGGCCCCGUACUUCCAACCAGUCUCAUUGACAUAGUCGAGUCCACUGUAGACGAAGAAGAAGACGACGAGGAAGACGGCCCAAUUGAUUUCGAUGAAGCCUUUAGCGAUGAAGACGAGUAGAGGAAAACUCAAGCAAGUCGAUAAUUAUGCAAUUAUUAUGCUGCAUAAGGUUUUUUCCUUUGCAACAACAUAAAACCAGAUGAUUCAAAAUAUAUGUUUUGAUUAUCUAUAGAUAAUACGUUAUUUCGGGACAGAUUUGGCGAUUUUCCCUAAAAUUCAGACUCGGGUACCCUGUGGUUUUUUGCUCAAAUCUUUAGCUGCCGUUUUCGAGGUGAUGGGACACGAUUUCGAAUUGGGAACAUCGAUACCCUUUCUGGACUCCUUCUAAGGAUUACAAAUAUGUAUAUUAGCCGAGUAUCUCUUUGGGGUGCCCGGAAAGCCUCCUUCCGACUAGACUAAGUGCAGUGAUGUUCUAGUCUCAGUCUGGAUCACGUUAAAUCAAAGACUUCGUGGCAAGCCUUUCUUGGCAUUAGAUAAGCAAGUCUCAUCUAGUAGAAGCUAAACUCAGAUUCAUUAAAUUUGAUUUAUAUUACC